AUGAAUACUUCUAAAUUUAAUAGUGUUUUAAGUUGCGAGAUAGCAAAAGACAUAUGGGAUAAGGUGCAAGUAACAUAUGAAGGAAUCUCUGAAGUGACAGACACAAAAAUUGACAUUUUGGAAAAUGAGUAUUAUUCAUUUCAAAUGAAUGAUGGUGAAUCAAUUUAGAAUCUUGUUUGCAGAUUUGAUGAAAUCGUAAAUGGCAUAGGAAAAUCUUUUACCAAUGGUAAGUUAAAUUGAAAACGACUUAAAUCAUUAACUGAUGAAUGGUGUGCUGAAGUGAUAGUAAUUAAGAAAUCAAACGAUUUGAAAGUAAUUCUGAUUGAUGAUAUUAUUGGUUCAUUACUAACUCACAAAAUUAACAUAUCCAGAAAUAAAUGUCUUUUGAAAAGAAAAAUAAGGACAUUGUUUUUAAAUCUAUUGAAUCAUCAGACAAUGAAGAUGAGAUUGCCGUUUUAUAUAGAAGACUAAAUAGGUUAAUAAAGAAAAAGAGAAACUUCAGGGGGAGAAAAGAUACGAAAUGGUUUUCUGAAAAAUCUGAUGACCUUUGCCUUUAGUGUUAGAAAUCAGGUCAUUAUAAAGCUGAUUGCCCAUUGCUGAAAAAGGGAGAUUCAAGAUAUAACAAGUGGGCAAUAAUGGCAACUUGGAGCAAAAGUGA